AUGCCAGAAUUUUCUACUCGGAAUCCGGGGCCUGGCUAUGAUGGUACAGCAGAAAUGGUACGAUGGUUUAAUCAUUGGCUCAAAGAUAAUGACGACAGCGAUGAUAUUCUGAAUGAACUUGAUAUUACACUAUUUGUUCGGACAAGCCUCACGACAGGGCGAAAAUUGGUUGAACAAGCGCUGUUAGAAUCACCAAUGUCAACAGCCGAGAAAGAGAAUAACGAUAUAGAUAUAGACGUACUUCCAUAUCGACCGUGGAUCGGAUUCGAAGCUGGCUCGUGGUUGGGAAUGUUGACGGGGGACCAGCGACCUUAUGAUAAGGACUGUCUCGUCUAUGAUAGCGAUCCUACUCAAGAAACAAUUGAAAUUAUCGGCUUUGUCAAUGUAUCACUUCAGGCGAGCACUACCGCUCAUCUGGCUCACUGGUUUGUACGUCUCGAAGACGUUGAUGUCGAUGAUCAAGUAUCUCUAGUUACAGUUGGUGCAAUCAAUGGAGCUCAGUUGCAUACCCCGCCAGCAUAUCUCGAACCAAAUUUCAGAUACACGAUUACUAUUCGACUUCAUUUCACCACGUGGACCUUCCUGUCUGGCCACCGUAUUCGUGUUGCAAUCUCCAAUGCGAUGUUCGCUUCAGCUUGGCCGACUCCGUUCCCAAUGAGCACAUCAAUCUAUCUCAAUCCGUCAGUGAGUUUCAUAGACCUACCUGUGGUACCUCCUAUUUAUCCUUCGUCGAUCCCACCAUCGUUCACUCAGCAGCAAGUCGCAUCGAGCGAUAUGUUACCACAACUAUUCUCAGCCAGUAAACCCAAAGUAUAUCAAAAACACGAAACAGAUAUUGGCACAACGAUUACUUUUGAACAAGUCACCUAUGAACUUUUAUCCAAUGGUUGUUUCAUUUCGGGUCUCCUUGCUUGGGACUUUAUUUGUUCUCAUUUGGAUCCUGCCGACGUACGAUGGGUGACCCGUGCAAGACAAGUUUAUGUGUUCGAUAUGCAUGGAUAUGAAUCAAUCGUUGAUGUCCCUUUGAAAGAUGACAAUGAAAGACUGUAUCCCAAUGUUGACCUGUCGACAAGACGCCAUUUUGAAUUGGUCACAGAUUUGGUAAAGCAUUCGGAUCAAGACUAUUUUUAUGUUCAUUUAAAACGACAAUUUCUCGAAAAAAAUGACACGGUGACAUGUCAGCAGGCAAUGACAUUUGUUUUCAACGGGAAACACAAAAGAAACUGUCAUUAA